AAAUGGCGUCCUCGUCCGGUGCAUUAGAGACAGAGGGGGCGACGCACCAUUGGCCUCUAGCGGGUUGAUAGACGUACCGAAAGAAGGGCCGCGUCGAUGGUUCGCUGGGAUGCUGGACCGAGCAGCCAGCGAUAGGUGACAUCGUCAGGAGACCGCAAAGCUUCUGUCAACGACACUGGAGGCUGUUCGAAAGGUUAAAAUCAUCGCGCAUAGGAGCGCCGCCAUACUGAAAUCGCAAUGGCAGAAGGAGCCAUGAAUAGUAGCGCCCCACGCCAGCUGCCUGUGCUGAUCGUUGGAUCCGGCAGCACAGGACUUGCGCUUGCGCAGGGACUUCGAAAGGCUGGCAUACCAUGCACUGUCUUCGAAAAGAAUGCAUACCACCAUGGAGAAAGAGACUGGAAUAUGGGUCUGCAUUGGGGUGCACCGAUCCUUAAAAGUCUCGUGCCAGACGGCCAAUUCGACGAGAAGGUACAGAGCCUCCAAGUCGACCCUUACGUGCCCACAAAAGAACUGGAUGACUUGAUCUGGCUGAGAGGCGACACCGGCGAGCGACUAGCAACGAUCACAUUCGGCCCCUUCUAUCGCCUGCGGCGAAGUAAACUGCGGGACUUCUUGUCUCAAGACCUCGACAUUCAGUACGGCAAGCACCUCCAAAAUAUUACCUAUUCCUCAGACGGCCAAUCUGUUACUGCUCACUUUGCAGACGGCACCUCCACCACAGGCUCCUUACUAGUCGGUGCAGACGGUGCACGCUCAACAACCCGCUCGCUCCUCCUUGGCCCAGAACUAGGCGCCAUAAACCACAUCCCCUACUGCGCGACCUUCAUCCAGCAGAAGUUCACCACAGAACAAGCCCUCUACCUCCGCUCCUUCCAUCCCCUCUUCCUCGCUUCCGCGCACCCGAACAACACAUUCGCCUUCUUCGGCAUGCACGAUGCCCCCGACCCCGAUGAUCCCUCGAGCUGGACAUUCUUCUUCUAUGUAUCCUGGCGCUCGUCGUUGGAAGAGCAAGAAGAGACCAAGCAAUGGACAGACGCGCAGCGCGUAAAGCAGCAGAAGGAGCUUGCGAAGCACUUUUGCGACCCCUGGAAGAGCGCGCUCGAGUGGACGCCUGACGAUGCAUCAGCAUGGUACCUGGGACUUACAGACUGGAAUCCCGGACUCAAAGAGCAUCGCUGGGAUAACCAUAAUGGGCUGUUGACGCUGGUGGGUGAUGCAUGUCAUCCCAUGACGUAUCAGAGGGGCCAGGGACUGAAUCAUAGUGUUACUGAUGCUGGAAAACUAAGGGACGCGCUGAUCAAGAUACAAGAAGGUGGUAACCAAGCAGAGGUCAUAAGAGAGUUUGAGGAGGAGAUGAUUAGGAGGGGUGGCACGGAGGUUAAGGAUGGGACGGCGAACACGGGGAUGUUGCAUGAUUGGGAGAGGAUCAAGGAAAGUCCGCUGUUCAAGAAGGGGAUGAAGAAGACUGAUGCUUGAAGCCUUUACCAGUCAGUCUCCAACAGGAGAAGGAACAGGAUGGGAACAACCUCGAAUGUAUAGAAGUGUGGCCCAGGUGUGGAGCGCCUGCCCUUGUCAACCUUGGAAGCUCAAGCUUGUGCUUUAACCCAAUUAGGAAACCCCUUGCCAAUAUCUUAACUACUUUGUACCCGC